AGAAAAGAGCUUGCGUGUGAUGUGUUUGUGUAUCCUCAGUGUUUUUCUCUCGUGAGUGUUUUAUUGAGUGUAAACAGAGUCUUGUCUCUGUGUAUUUUAGUGUUGAUGAUGAGAUGGAUGUGAUGUGCUGUAAAUCAGGAACUGAUCAGGGUUUACAGGAUGAGGAAUCUACUGAUCAAACCUCCACAGAGUCUCUGGAUUCUGUCUGGAACGCUGGAGAACAGCAGCAGAUCCUGCAGACCAAACUCAACAUGUGUUCAGUCAAACUGGAGGACAGUGCAAACCAAACUGAGAUGAAAAGAGAAACCACAGCCGAGGAAGAUCACACUGAGGAAGAUGUGAAGAGUGAUUCAUGUUGUGAAGGAGAAAUAACGUCCUCAACAUCACAAGAGCGAUGGUCAGCACAAACUCAUUUCAGCAUCACCGGUGGAGAGACAUUGAGCUCACAGAGACAUUUAGAGAGAAAACACACAGAACAGAAACUCUUCACCUGCACCAGAUCUGAGAUCAGCUUUAAUACCUUACAAGAGAAGAAACUUCAUUCAGAAGAACACAAAGAGACGAAGAAGCAGUUUGACUGUGAGAAAAGGGAUGAAAAGUCUUUCUAUUGCAGUGAUUGUGGCUAUUCAUUCAGCACCAAACACAAUCUUGAUGUUCAUCAGAGAAUUCACACAGGAGAAAAACCAUACGAGUGUCCUCACUGUGAGAUGAGAUUCAGACACAAACAUCACCUGAAGGCACAUGUGCUUAUACACACCAAAGAGAGACCGCAUCUGUGCAGUGAAUGUGGAAAAACCUUUAGAGAUUCAUGGUCAUUAAAAUCACACCAGAAUUUUCACACUGAAGAGAAACUCCAUCAAUGUUCACACUGUGAUAAACGUUACUGUCAGAAAUCUCAUCUGAUAGCCCAUGAGAGAAUUCACACUGGAGAGAAACCUUACGUCUGUAGUGUUUGUGCAAAGAGUUUUAAUCAACGUGAACAUAUAAUGAGACACCUGAGAACUCAUACAGGUGAAAAACCUUACAAAUGCUCUCAGUGUGAGAAGACGUUUGCUCAGUCAGGUCACUUAAAAGCUCAUCAGAGAGUUCACACUGGAGAGAAACCUUACGUCUGCUCUCAAUGUGGAAAGAGCUUCUCACAUCACAGUGCCUUCAGACAUCAUCAGAUAGUUCACACUGGAGAGAAAUCUCAUCACUGUAAUGUCUGCGAGAAGAGUUUUAAUCAACGUAGCAAUUUAGUGAAACACCAGAGAACUCAUACAGGUGAAAAACCUUUCAAAUGCUCUUAUUGUGAGAGAACUUUUGCUCAGUCUGGUAACUUACAAAUCCAUGAGAGAGUUCACACUGGAGAGAAACCUUACGUCUGCUCUCAGUGUGGUAAGAGCUUCUUUAAUCAAACUUCUUUCAACUAUCAUCAGAGAACUCAUACAGGUGAAAAACCUUAUAAAUGCUCUCAGUGUGAGAAGAUGUUUACUAAGUCAAGUAACUUAAAAAUCCAUGAGAGAAUUCACACUGGAGAGAAACCUUACGUCUGCUCGAUCUGUGGAGAGAGAUUCACUAAAGUAGGACAUUUAAAGACUCAUCAGAAGAAACACACUGAAGAACAAACUGAUCUGUGAAAUACACUUUUUCACCCAAUUACUAAUAGUUUAUAUAUAAAUUAUUAUUUGUAUAUUCAUUUUAAUAUUUUUAUUAAUUGUAAAUCUUAUUAAUUUUAGCUUUUACUUUUUACAUACUUUUUUUUAUCAAAGUUGAAACCGUAAACAUUACUUAAUGCACCAUGAACUAACAUGAAUAACUGUACUGAGUCAAGAAUGCUGAAAACUAUAGCUAUAUUGUUCAUUGUUUGUUCAUGUUAGAUAAUGCAUUUACUAAUGUUAACAAAUACAACCUUAUUGUAAAGUGUUACAGAAUUGUUUAUUUCAUAUUAUUUAGUAGAGAUAAACAAAAACUAAUCUGGAUCCGCUCCAACCUAAAAGUUAUAGGCCAAUAUCUAAACUGCCAUUCAUGUCAAAAAUCUUAGAAAAAGUUGUAACUGAGCAACUCACCCUUUUUCUAGAGAAACAUGGUUUAUUUGACAAAUUCCAGUCUGGCUUUCGUAAAAACCAUUCCACAGAAACAGCAUUACUAAAAAUCCAGAGUGAUAUUAUGAUGUCGGCUGAUUCUAAGGAAUACACAGUGAUGGUUUUAUUAGACCUCUCAUCAGCUUUCGACAAUAUUGAUCAUAAUAUUAUGAUAAAUAGACUUCGUGAUUUGGUUGGUAUGUCUGGAUCAGUUCUAAAAUGGUUUUCAUCUUACCUGUCCAGCAGAAGCUUUAGUGUCUACGUGAAUCAGAUUAUGUCUGAAACUGCUGAAUUAUCGUGUGGUGUUCCUCAGGGUUCUGUCUUGGGUCCCAUUCUCUUUCUCCUUUACAUAUUUCCUUUAGGUCAGAUAAUUAGCCAGUUUAGUGAUAUAUCCUACCAUCUAUGACCUGAGUUCUUCAAAUUAUCAUCUCUAAUCCACUGUCUGACUAGUAUCAAACAGUGGUUAUGUAGGAACUUUUUGCUUCUAAAUUCUGACAAAACAGAAACACUAAUUAUCGCCCCUGAGAGCAAAAUUCCAAAUGUAAUACAACAUAUUAAUGACUUAGGCUCGUCUGUCAAAUCGAGCCUCAGGAGCUUAGGUGUUGUGUUUGAGUCAGCUAUGUCCUUGGAGCUCCACACGAAACAUUUAGUGAGAAACUGUUUCUUUCAAUUGAGGAAUAUUUCGAAAUUAAGAUCUUUUGUGACUAAGGGUGAGUUGGAGAUGAUCAUUCAUGCGUUCAUCUCCUUUCGUUUAGACUACUGGAACAGUCUUUUUACUUGUUUGAGUAAGAAGGACCUUUAUCGUUUACAGGCUGUCCAGAACUCCGCGGCAAGGCUUUUGGUCCACAUUAAGAAAAGAGAGCACAUCACACCGAUCUUAGUAACACUCCACUGGUUACCGGUCCAGUAUAGGAUACAUUUUAAAAUUCUGGUUCUCACUUUAAGGGGCUUACAUGGCCAAGCCCCUAACUACAUCACUGAUUUGAUACAGCCUUACACUCCAAUUCGAAGCCUUAGGUCACUAGAUCAGAACCUAUAAGUCGCUUCCCGUACUCAUUUUAAAACUAGAGGGGAUCAGUCAUUUAAGGCGGUUGCUCCUAGGCUUAGGAACGCUUUGCCUCUUUUUUUUGCACUGUGCGAAUUCAGUUGAUUCUUUUAAAAAACAACUGAAGACUCUGCUCUUCAAACAGGCUUUUGGUUAGUCUGAGGUUUUUAUGGUUGUUUGUUGUGUUUGUUGAUUCUAUCUUGUAUUCUGUAGAAGGUUUUUAAAUGUUUUUGUAUUAUAUUUUAUU